GUGAUCAUCCCUUCUACCCAGAGAGCUAGCAAGUGACCUGAGCUAGGAGAUAGGACCUGAGCUUCCAACUAGGUAAGGUCUGCUAAAACACUAAUCAGGCACUGGCAAGGCCACUAGCAGGUCUUGAACUGAAAAUAAGACCCCUGGGACAGAAGUCAUACUCAGCAAGACACAGCCAACCAGAACCUGAUAGUUCUUGAGCUCAAUAACAGAAGGCUAAGGCUGGUGGCAGAAGAACAUAUCUGGAUUCCCAAGGCUGCAGGAGACCUACAGCAAAGGAUGAAAGCGUUACUGACCAGGCAGCAUUUAUUGUCCAUCCCUCACUGUCCAAAGGGUAGUUAAGAGUCAACUACAUUGCUGUGGGUCUGGAGUCACAUGUAGGCCAGAGCAGGUAUUAAGUACAGGAACCCGCCAGUUACUGUUCGUGCUUAGUUGCCUGAGCUCCACAUGUACAUCAGAAGAAAUGCAUCCCAAAGUAAAAGGAUUGAUGAAUCAGCGAGGGAGUGGACUUGUCAAUGAUGCAUAUCAGCAAGCACUUGAUCUUGUUAAUGCUGCCUACAAAAGAUCAAGAGACAGGAGUAAAUCAGUGUUGGCUGAAGGCUUCAUUAGUGCCAGUGACCUGCUCAGCUUCUUCAAACAUCCAGUAGCAGAGACUCGCGUGGCAGUGAGAGCAGCUGAGUUGAUGGAAACUGCCAUUGAACUUAUUCGGCAGAUGGUUUAUACCCAGGAGAAGAUAUUCAGGAAUGUAACGGAUCUGCUCAGCAAGCUUGAUCUUCAGGUGCUGGCUGAGGCAACAGGUUGCACUAGUCAACUGCGGUCAGUGACUUGCUCCAGUUCCUGUCUUCUCAACAAAUAUCGAACUAUUACUGGCAUCUGCAAUAACAGACAGCAUUCCUGGUGGGGAGCAGCUAAUGUCCCAUAUACUCGAUGGCUACCGCCAGAAUACGAUGAUGGAUUCUCACUUCCGAAAGGAUGGGUCAAGGAUAAAGAAUAUAACAGGUUCCCCUUACCACUGGCCAGGACAGUAUCCACUGCAAUCCUGUAUACCUGCAAUGAGAACAUUUCUCUGGACAGCAGGUAUGCUCACAUACUGGUGGAGUGGGGACAGUGGAUUGACCAUGAUAUGGACCUGACACCACAAACUGCCAGUUCCUCUUCCUUUUUCGACAGCAGUGACUGUGCAUCAUCGUGUCACAACAGAGGCCCAUGCUUCCCAAUACAGAUCCCUGAUGGUGACCCACGUGCCUAUGAAAGGGAGAAAUGCAUGCCCUUCUUCCGUUCAGCACCAGCAUGUGGGAGUGGCAGGUCCGGUGUCUUCUCAGGACAGCUCCAUCCCAGGGAACAAAUGAACAGUAUCACUUCCUUUGUGGAUGCCAGCAUGGUUUACGGGAGCACAGACUCCCUGGCACGGAAACUGAGGAAUCUUACCAAUGAUCUCGGAUACCUAGCCGUGAACCAGGAAUACUCUGACGAUGGCCUGGCCUACCUGCCCUUCAUGAGCAAAACACUUCAAAAUCCCUGUGAACUGACCAGAGACCGGUCUCUCAACACAAACAAGUCAAAUAUUGCUUGUUUUCUAGCAGGAGAUUCCCGAGCAAACGAACAUUUAGGGAUGCAGGUGCUGCACACAAUCUUCUUACGAGAGCACAAUCGAAUAGCCUCAGAACUGCACCAACUAAAUCCGCACUGGAGCGGAGAGACCCUGUAUCAGGAAGCACGGAAAAUAAUCGGAGCAUAUCAUCAGGUUAUAAACUGGAAAGAAUAUGUACCUAAAAUUCUCGGGCCAGACGCCACAAAGCAGCAGCUUCCUCCUUACGAGGGUUACGAUGAAACAGUUGACCCUCGGAUUUCUAACGUAUUUGCUACAGCAGCAUUCCGUUUUGCACACGUUACCAUCCACCCGACAGUGUUUCGACUAAAUGAAGACUAUAGAGAGAGCCCAGCCUACCCCAGCAUCUCUCUGCACAAAUCAUUCUUCUCUCCCUGGAGAAUUAUUGAAGAAGGAGGUAUUGACCCUAUCAUACGAGGAGUUAUACUGAACUCUGCCAAGCUUCAAACACAAACACAGAUGAUGCCAGAAGAGCUGACAGAAAAGUUGUUUCAGCCCAAGGAAUCCUUAGCAUUGGAUCUGGCAGCACUAAACCUCCAGCGAGGGAGAGAUCACGGGCUACCAAGUUACGGCGCUUGGAGACGAUUCUGUGGACUACAGGAAGCCAGAAAUCUCUCUGAAUUAAUACAAAUAUUUAACAGCACAUUCUUGGCCAAGAAGGUCCUAUCAGUGUACAAGACACCUGCCAAUAUAGAUAUGUGGGUCGGAGCAAUAGCUGAACCAUUGUUGCCUCGAGCUCGGGUUGGAGAACUCCUGGCCUGCCUUCUCGGAAAGCAAUUCCAAAUUUUGAGGGAUGGAGACAGGUUUUGGUGGGAAAGUGAAGAUGUGUUUACUAGCCAGCAGAGAGAAGAGCUGAGCAAAGUCACCCUGUCCAGAAUCAUAUGCGACAACACCAGGAUUCAGAGAAUCCCAGUGGAUGUCUUCUCACGGAAUCGAUAUCCCGAUGACUUUGUGUACUGUAACAGUUCAGCCAUCCCCUCACUCAAUCUGUCUCUGUGGAGAGAGAAUGUCACAGAAAUUCCUUGUGGAGAGGCUCCCAAAGUAGAAGGGGCACAUUUCUUCUUUUGUAACACCUCCAUCCAUUUUGAAUGCCAUACGGGGUUUAUGCUCAUUGGACCUUCUUCUCUAAUCUGUGACCCUUCGACUGGAGUGUGGAGCUCUGCUGCACCUAUAUGCCAAGAUACCAUCUCAACGAGUCCAAGCCUUCUUAUCAAAAUGGUGGUUGUCGCCUGCGGCUGUGUUUUCAGCAUCAUUCUUAUGGUCACCUGUUUCCAAAGAUAUCGGCAGAGGCACCAGGACAGGGGUAAGGCAGUGAUCAAAUGUGAAUUAUGCAUCAAAUACUUCUCAUCUGAAGAUAUCAGACAAGGCAAUAGCAUUGGACACAAUACCAAAGCUAAUUCAGCAUCCACAUGACUCAGCAAUUCCAUUUACUAAUUCAAAACUUUACUAAUUCAUCAUAAAGACGUCCUUUCCUGCAAAACCUGCCUCUUCAAGCUCUACGGCCUUUUCUACAUCACCAUGACACUGUCAUCCUGAUGCCAUUGAAUCCCACAGGCAAGUGUCCUGUGAACCUCUGUCAUCUUCCCCUGUAUUGGGAAUGCCUGUCACUUCCUGACUCUGAUAUUUAUUAUAACUCAUGAAGAUGAAGCCAUUUGCAUUUGUGCAGACUAACAAUGUAAACAGUCAGAUUGCACCUGCCUCUGCUGCGGAGAAAAUGUGUUGAUGCUUACGGACAUCACCGAUUCUCUUUUCAUAAGCAGCGUUGGAAUUUCUCCCUUCCUUUCUAAUUAGUGUUCUGAGAUGGAGGAGAAAAUCUUGCUGCAUGCAAAAAAGCCACUUUCAUUUCUUCUGAAUUUUUGGACAAAACUUCCCUUACACUCUAAAAAUUUACACUCCUGAGUUUCAGGAAAAUUAGAAACCUACUGUGUACCGUAUGGACUAGACUAUCGCUCAAACAGCAGCUGGAUUCACAAUCAAGCAGGUAUGAAUGACAGCUUGAAUGUCUGUUGUGACUUUCAUGGAAUUUUUGGUUUGAUUAUAAAAAAACCAGCGGAAUACCCCAAGUCAGUACUAUAACACUACCACUUGCAGAUCUAGUGACACAGCUAGUCAUAUGGCAGCCAGGACCAACACCACAGAUUCAACAAGUAUUUCACUUAUACAGCAACAUCCGAGUAAUUACACUGAAUAACCCUGGGCAGGAGAAUACCCAGUGCAGUGCUUAGCCAUCUCUUUUGCAUUCAAAUUGCACCAGCAAUUUUGCCUGUCAGCAGGAAAAAGGACUUCAUUUAAGGUUUACCAUUUAAAUGGUUGUAAAUAUAUAUAUACUGUAUCAAAAAGUAGCACACAUCUUUGAGAACUCACAAGAAACCAAGUCAGUCUUAACUGGAAUAAUUCACAAAUACCAUUUGGUUUACUUUUGCAAUAAACUCCCCAAGGUGUCUCUCAUCACCUUAACACAAUCACUCCUGCGCAUUCAUUCUCUACACCAUUGCUACUAGUUAACUCUGACCCUCGAUUCUAAGCAAUGUCUGGCAUUAACAGCUGUCUCUCAAACUCUAUGCCUCUAUCUGCAAGCAAUGCUCAAUGUCACGGAAAGGUCUCGACCCAAAACGUCAGCUUUCCUGCUCCUCGGAUGCUGCUUGGCCUGCUGUGUUCAUCCAGCUGUACACCUUGUUAUGUCUAUGUCAAGGAUUCCCCUCACAUCAUUCUGGGUACUUUGGCAUGGAUUACAGGCAUUUUCCAAACAGAAAAGGAGGCAAUGUUAAAAGUUUUGAUGAAUACUUAAAUUUUAACAGGGCCCAUUCACUGAAUGUAUAGCAGCUUGGAUAUCUGUGCCUCCAAAGACCGCUUUGUUGCUUUUCCAUGAAGUAAACAGAACUGAAGCCCAGUCAGUGAACAACCCCCACAGGCCAAAAUACAUGAAGGCCGUAAAUCAUUACAAAGAUGAAUAUCUGAGUAGGCACAGGUGAGUGGGAAGCCAACAACCUCAUCACAUUAGAUUAAUCUAAAGAUACAAUUUCCUUAAGUUCUUGGAUACGUAAUUUAUACUAUUUCCAAGCUGGUGUUUGAUUUGCUAAUAAGUCAUGAACAGAAAACACUGAACAAAGUUCAAUAUUUUACUCAAACCUCAAUAGGCCAUUAAUAGGCUGUUUCCCAUUGCAUAAACUGUGGCUUGAUUAUGAAUAGCUCUGAGCACUCAAAACACAAUAAUGAUUGCAACAAUGAUCUUGGCCUCAAAAUUUCCACAGAGCAAUAGUAAAUGUGAUGGUGAAGUCCAAUAGAAUGCUGUGAAACAAGUUUUAGAGAAUGCUAAUUUUAUUCGCCUCAAAGUCAAUGUCAAAUGUUAAGUGAAUGGGAACAAGAUGAGCUUCUUGAAAUCUUAGAGAAUAGGAAUGAAGGAGCUAGCUUUAUUUAUUACUUUUACGACUGAUGGUGGGCAUUUGUCAAUUUGUUUGUAAACAAUUUCUCUCAAAAAUUCUCAGAUUUCAACAAAACUCAGUACACAGCUGUUGUAUAACCCACAGAAAACUGAAUUAGUUUUUUUUGAAGAUGAUAUGGCUCCAAAUCUGAAUCCUAGGAUUCUUUUUUAAAAAUCCUUCGACAUUGGGAAAAGGACAAAUUGACUUUUUUUAGAAAAAAAGAAUAAUGUAGAUUAUUUAGAAUGUUAUUGAUUACUUCGGAAUGCUGUAGAUGGUGGAAUUUGUUACUACUAUCAAAAAACCUAUGCCGAGUUUUCAAAGCAGGUUGUUGGAUGUGAAUUUAAAAAAUGAGGGGUUGAAAUCCCCUCAGGAGAGAUGAAGGCUCUGAAUAAAACAUUUUUUUCAGCCACGUAGCUCAACAAGGCAGAGAAAAUCCCAAGGAAGAAAUGCAUAAUGACAACAACAUUGAAUAAACACAGUACGGCAGUGGAACAGUAGAGUAAUAUAUGGAGGGAUUUAAUGAGAGGGAGGUUUUAUCCUGGUUUAGGAUUGAGGGGAAAUUGAAGCUGAUUUUCCUAAUUGGUAAAGAAAUGAAAUGGAGUAAGAUAUUGAGACUUCAGUGUAGUUGUAGCACCUAUAUAAUCACAAGAAUUGCAACUGUGUAAUCACUGUAAAAUCUGUAAUGUCAUCCUGUAAGAACGUUAGAUGAUACAGCAAUACUCAAAUAAAAUUAUGAAUCUCAAUAUUCAGAAUCCCUACUUAACAUUAUAUAU